CCCCUCCAGCAGUCCAGCUGGAGUCAAAAGUAUUCAAACAUGCCAGAAAACAUUUUUGGAGGGUAUUCAAACUCUCAAACUCCCGGAAGCAGGGACACUUUUAGUGCUUACCAUCGGUGAGAUUGACAGAACUAAUCAAAUUGUGUGAAAUGCUUUCAGUUUCAUGAAGUCUCGGAUCUCAUAAAAUGAUAUGUGUAGUGCCAGACCUCUCUCAUAAAACUGUAUUCAGAGUAAACUCAAAGUAUAGACUUCUGUUGUACUUCCUGUUUCUACUACCAUGUUUGUAGUCCUUUGUAGUUUUUCCUGCUCAUGUCUGUAUCUUCUCUUGGUUCUUGGUUUGGUUUCCAUUAAAUGUUCAUUUGUGCUUAGAUCCUCUGUGUCCGUCUUCCAAUUACAAUCUGCUCAUGUCACGCUAAAGAGAUUUUUUUUGGCAUGUAUAUUGCAAAUUACGUUUUCCACUGGUUUGGUGGCUUGAUGAACAGCAUGAUCUCACACACUUGCAUGCAUCAUGUGGGUUAAAGUUUGACCGAGUGAAAAGGACACAAAAUAUCAUGGCAAUAAUCAGCAAGUUUCCAUUUAUUAUAAUGAACUAACAAUGAACAGCUUUAUUUUAUUUAUUAACAAAGAUUAUUUCACCACAUGAUUGUUUGGAGCGGCUAUGUGAAGAGACCAGUGUGGCUUUCUCCUGUUGCUUUGCAUUAAGAGGAAAAAUGUGAUUUCUAUUUUAUUAUUAUUAUUAUCAUCAUUAUUUUUAAUGACAACAGGUUAUACGUGGGUCAGUGUUUGAGAUUUGACCAAACGGACACAACACUAGAUCAGAAGCAAACCUGUCUUAACUUCCUCUUGACUGUGGUUCAGGUCCCUGUUAUUUAGAAAGCUGCUCUAAACCCGUGUGAAAGAAACAAGACUGCAUCAUGCUGAAGUGUUUGAACAUCCUGAAGAUCUUCAAGCUCCUUCUCUUUCUGCUCAUAUGGUGUCAAUCAGCAGAGACUUUAACAGAUCAACUAACAGAUUUGGGUCUAAAUGUGUCUAUAAACUGUGAUCUUGAUGAACAGGAGGUUAACUGGUUAUUACUGAAACUACCAGAUCCUCCAGUGAUGAUAUUACUCUCUUCUACAACUUCAGCUAAUUUUUACUAUGCUAAAACAUUUAAACACAAAUAUUCAGUGCAGGGUAAACAUCAUCUGUUCAUAAAUAAUGUCACUCUUGAUGAUUUAGGACUUUAUUACUGUGUGACCUCAAGUCCACCUCCAAAAUACAACAACGGCACCAGACUGUACAUCGCUGAACUAACUCUAAAUCUAGAGAACAAGAAUCAUACAGUGGUGAAGUAUAUUAAUCAGAAUCAGACACAAUGGCAGAUUAUCCUCAUCUCUGCUGGAAUCAACGCUCUUCUGAUCAUUGUGGUCAUAGCACUAGUAAAGAUGUUUGCUCUUGGAAGCAAGAGAACCAGAGACAACUCAAAACAAUCUCAAGAUGCACACCUACAACAGCCUCAAGCUAUGGAUCUUGAAGAACCACAGAACUCAAGCCAAGCACAGGACACAGUGGCAGACUUUUCCACACCAUGUAAAAAGUUUCAGCCCCGCCAAAUAAAUGAGACAUAUGCACUUCUAGAGCUGCCAGAAUCAACAACAGAUAAUAACCUCUGACCCUUUUAUUUAUUUUUUCUCAUUAUAUUUGAAAACAAAUCAGAUAUUGCAUAACCAUACACAUGUAGAUCUCUUGAAUUAACAUAUUAAGCUCAUUAGAUGUUUUUGACCCAAAGAGUUGUUUCAUUCAGUAUUGUAUCUACUUUGAUGUGACAUAGUAAACUGACAUGACUUUUAUUUUUAUUUUUUGAGCUUGAAAAAUGAUCAAUUGCAUUGGCAGAAAUACUGCUCAAUACUGUAAUGUUGAUAAGUUUUUAUUUGAUUUGUGCUUUAAAAAAAAUGUUGAGCUUAUCACAAUUGUUGUAGAUUUAAGCUGUAAGCCAAACAACAGAACAAGCUCAAAAUGUAUUUAUUUAUGAUAACUUAUUAGUAUUCUUGAUGGUGAUUCAGUGUUCAGAUGUCUUUGUAUAUUGAUCAUUAAACUUAUUUCCUACAUAGCUGUGCUCCUUUAUUGUUUCUCAUUACU